UGGAUGAACAGAUAAUGACAAAAACAGAUUGCAAGAGGAACAGGGAAGUAAAUAUAGAUAUUUACAAAAAGUAAUAAAAUGAAUCGGGGGGAAAAAAAAAAUUCAUAAUUGCUUCAUAGGUCCAGGAAGUUAAGUAAGUGCUGGAAAAUACAGACCACUGUGGAAAUCCAUUGUAGCUGUUGUUUUAAUGUCGGUAUCAGUUUACUUUAGCCUGCCUCGUCACACGGGCUCCAUCGGUCCCACCCUCAAAGGUGCCCAGACUCUGUAACACCUUUGUCUUUAUCGGUCGCUCAGGAAUCUGCUGGUUCACGGUUGUUGGCAGGAAGGAUCGUGAAACUAGAAGUCUUUUCAAUAUAUUUUCACACAGGAAACCCACUUGUUGAUCACAGUGGAAAAUGCAGCGCACUGUGCUUUAGAAAUCAUUCUCUGAUUGUGUAGAAAUAUUUUAUUGAUGUUUGGUUACUAACGUAAGCCAGUUUGAAGCAGCUGCUAAAUUUUGGGGAGGAACGCUAUUGUUUUUUUUUUACUAGUCGUUGUAAUUGAAUGAUCGCAUUGUAAUUGAAGGAUCGCAUUGACAUUGUAAUUGAAUGAUCGCAUUGGCAUUGUAAUUGAAUGAUUGCAUUGGCAUUGACCCUUGCUCUGAUUGUUGCUGAUACUGGUGACAGGCGUGUUGUUGGUAAGGUCCUCCAGUUGUGAUGAAAUAGGGGAUCUCUAGAACUGAUCUCUUGUUCUGAUUCCACACAAGACUCUACAGCUUCCUUGUGGUCGAUACGAUACAAGCAAGCUGUGGUUUCUUGUGUCAGAGUGGGAGGGAUGUGUACCGAGCUGAGAGGGUAGAAAAGAGCCAGCCACACACACACACACACACACUCACACACUCACACACUCACACGCACAGCGUCCUGGGUGCUGCGUUUAUAUCACGAGAAGCUGCUGCCAGGACUGCGGAGGGAACAAGACCAGCCAGGCUCUUAGAAGAAGACUCUCUCGCCAUGGCUGGUAAGAAGAUGGCUCAGUACGGGAAGCAGCUGCUGCGCCGACGUGCCCUGGACUGUAGCAUGGAGGAGACUCGCUUCGCACGCUGCCUGUCCACGCUGGACCUCGUGGCGCUGGGCGUGGGCAGCACGCUGGGCGCCGGUGUGUACGUGCUGGCGGGGGAAGUAGCCAGGGAGAAGGCAGGACCUGCUAUCGUACUCUGCUUCCUCAUCGCUGCCCUGUCCUCCGUCCUCGCCGGCCUGUGCUACGCUGAAUUCGGGGCGCGGGUCCCCAAGACCGGCUCGGCGUACCUCUACAGCUACGUGACCGUCGGAGAGAUCUGGGCGUUCAUCACCGGCUGGAAUCUGAUUCUCUCGUAUGUCAUAGGUACAGCGAGCGUGGCCCGGGCGUGGAGCUCCACGUUCGAUAACCUGGUGGAGCAGAAGAUCUCCAUCUUCUUCAAGGCUUCCGUGUCCAUCAGGGUGCCGGGGGUACUGGCUGAGUACCCCGACAUCUUUGCACUUAUCCUGGUGAUGCUGCUGACAGGUCUGCUGGCGUUUGGCGUGAGCGAGUCGGCGCUGGUCAAUAAGAUUUUCACCGGGGUGAACCUGGUGGUGCUGGGCUUCGUCAUCAUCUCGGGCUUCGUGAAGGGAGACGCGCACAACUGGAGCCUGACCCAGGAGGACUUCUACAACCACACCAACACCUUCUCCUCCAGCAACGCCAGCGCCGAGAGCUUCGGGGCCGGCGGCUUUGCCCCCUUCGGCUUCACGGGCAUCCUGUCGGGCGCAGCCACCUGCUUCUACGCCUUCGUUGGGUUCGACUGCAUCGCCACCACGAGUGAAGAGGCUAAGAACCCCCAGCGCUCCAUCCCCAUUGGCAUCGUGGCCUCGCUGCUCAUCUGCUUCUUCGCGUACUUCGGGGUGUCGGCUGCGCUCACGCUCAUGAUGCCUUACUACAUCCUGGACACCCAGAGCCCCCUCCCCGAGGCCUUCCAGUACGUGGGCUGGGGCCCCGCGCGCUACAUCGUGGCCGUGGGCUCGCUCUGUGCUCUCUCCACCAGUCUGCUGGGCUCCAUGUUCCCCAUGCCCCGGGUCAUCUACGCCAUGGCUGAGGACGGGCUACUCUUCCGCUUCCUGUCCCGCAUGAACAAGAAGACCAAGACCCCCCUGCUGGCCACCAUCGUCUCGGGGGUCAUCGCAGCGCUCAUGGCUUUCCUCUUUGAGCUGGCAGCUCUGGUGGAUCUCAUGUCGAUCGGGACCCUGCUGGCGUAUUCCCUCGUUGCCGUCUGCGUGCUCAUCCUUAGGUACCAGCCAGGCUCGCUGAGCAGCCCCGGUCAGUGUGAGAAGAUGGUGGAUCUGAGCGGAGAGAAGACUGCGAUGAACGACUCGGACAGCGGAGACGAGUUUGCCUGCGAGACCGUCCCUCUGAAGGAGAAGUUCACCAUGAAGCUGCUCUUCGUCCCCAACUGUGACUUCCCCACCAAGACAUCCGGGCUCAUCGUCUACAUCACCACCGCCACCAUCUCGCUGGUGUUCACAGUGCUGUGCUGUGUCCUGUCUGUGAAGAUGCCCUCCCUGGUUGCCGGGGAGCCCUUGUGGGUGACGGUCUGCGCUGUCCUGGCGGCCGUGUCUAUCGUCUGCAUCGCCAUCAUCUGGAGACAGCCUGAGAGCCGAGAGUCCCUCACGUUCAAGGUCCCCUUCCUGCCUCUGCUGCCCCUCUUCAGUAUCUUUGUCAAUGUCUACCUCAUGAUGCAGCUCGACGCAGGGACCUGGGUGCGAUUCGCUGUCUGGAUGACUAUAGGAUUUCUGAUUUAUUUCGCCUACGGGAUCCGGAACAGCUCCGUGGCUCAGAGCUCGGCAGAUAAAGACAAACACGAGGCAGCCCUCGGAGCCAAGACCCCCAUUUACCUGAAGGAGGAGCCUGGGACUGAGAGCUCCGGAGCUUGAGAGAGAGUGAAGGAAGGAAGGGUGUCCACCACUGAACCAGCUCCGUCAGCCACCUCAAGCAGGAGGUCAAAUUAACCCAGAGAAAUGAACUUCCAUGUGUGCGUGUGUGUGUCUGUGUCCAGUACAUUAAUGUAUAUGUUGUAUCAUACUGUAUAGAGAUAUUUAUUUGUAUGCAUUAAAUAUAGUUGCUUGGGUUUGGGGAAUGGGAUUCUCGGCACACAGGACUGAAUCUGUCCGCUGUGCAAAACUGAGUCUUCCUUCAAACCCUGUUGCAAAACUACCUGUGCAGUGCAAGUCAGAUUGUACAUGUGCAAGCGUCUGUAUAUUUAUUAAAGCUGGCAGUAUGCAUAUAUACUGUGUGUGUAUAGAAGUGUGCAGACAAUGGAUGUUUAUUUACAUGUAAAUUGUAGAGCAUUAAUCCCAUAACAUGCUUUUAGAAAACUGCCAUGAACUGAACUAAACUGAAAUGUAGAAAUUCCAACCAGACAGUAGCUCCGGUGUGAGCCGGGCCCGCGUGCCACUGCCUCAUUGUUUUAUAUAAUCACUAAACAUCAGGGUGAAGCAAAGCCUGUUGUACAGUAUUCAGCAAAGAAAGGCAGAAUCUAUAGCAGAAAUGUAUUGUAUCUAUAGCGUCUCAUUUUACACGUGUGUGUGUUUUGCACAGUGGUUGGGACUAACCAAAAAAAGUGAACUGAACUGAAAACACUAGGCUUACAGGAAUCCGACUUGAUCUGUUUGUUGUGUGUCUUGCCUUCUGUUACUGAACCAUCUUAAUCCCAGAUCAUUUGCAGAGGUUUGUGUUUGUAAAUAUUUCAAGACGAGAGUUCAGGGCUGAACUUUUGUCAAACAAUUUGUUACUUUUCAUUUGUUUUGAUCUUUAUCAAUGACCUUGUGCGUGUGUGUGUAUAGGCCAUCUGUUUUUAAAUAUCUUUCUUCAUCUCUGUGAUGGAUUUGUCGAGGUAUUGAGGCUGGUGAAGCACAGCUAGUCCAAUUUGUUUUCACAUUGUUUGAUUUUCUUGAUUUAUUUAAUGAAAUGCAUUUAUAUUUCAUGAAACCUCCUUUAAUCAAAAGCAGAGUCUGGCUUCUGCGUCCUCGCCCUGUGUUGUAAACGUAGUCCUGGUUUCACAGUUCUUUUUGAUUCCUGUGUUACAGCGUACAGAUUAAUAAUAAUAAUAAUAAUAUGCGGUUGAUCGCUGAUUUCUGUAUCCAGUCUAUUGUAUCUAUUUAUAAGUUUGUUUAAAUCAAACCUCGUUUGUCUCCGGGAUUGUUCCCAGUAUGACCUGCCAUUUGAAAUGCUGCGAUCUUCCAGAAAAGACAGACAAACAGACAGACAGACAGACAUGACCACUGUGGUGUUAAGGUCCUUGUUUCAAUAUUUAUGAAACCACCCCUUGGUAUUUAAUAACUUGAAUCUCCAGUAUGUUUUGUAAUGUCAGUGAUGGUCCGAAACGCAGCUAUAAAACAGAUCCUAGUGUUGCUUUGUGCAGUCCGGCAAUGCAGGGGAGCGAGUCUAUUAUGUUACAAUAAGUUGUAUUUCUCACUGGACUGCUAGUCCCUCAAAGUAAAAAGCAGGCAGCUUGGAGAUACACAGCAUGCUGUGUAAGUGUGAACACAGCGCCCCAAAACGUGGAGAUUUAUUUACAUGCAAAUUGUAGGGCAAUAAUGUCAUAACUGUUUAGAGCAUGGCGCUGUGGAGUGAACUAAAGUGAAAUGUAGAAAUUGGAUACGCUGGUAUUGUGGAUUACCAGGCUGAAAGAGCAGGAGAGGGGGGCAGUCUGUGAGACUGCAUGCUGAACGUGAUGCAGCUGGUGUGUGUGUUUCACACUGAGAUUAUUCAUGGCUUUGUGUUUACUUCAGAGCUUGCUUCUGUUGAUCUGUGGGCUGCGUUGCGAUGAUGAUGUUGUAAUAUUUGUUUGGAGGUGAUUCAGCGCUAUGUAAUAAUAUUUUUUUUAUCUAUUUUUGUAAAUAGAAGGGUGAUAUUUUGGUAUUAAAUGUACUUUAGUCAGAGAAACACUUGCAUCUGUAUUUUAAAAAAAAAUGGAUGAAAGAUUUUGAGCUGGAUGACUCAAGUUUUAAACUAUUAUUAUUAUUAUUAUUAUUAUUAUUAUUAUUAUUAUUAUUAUUAUUAUUAUUAUUAUUAUUAUUAUUAUUGUUAUUAUCUACUAUUUGUUCUAAAACAAUGUUACGCUAGCAAUGUUACGCUUAUUAACAUGUUCAGUUUUUCCAAACUGUUCUUCAGCAGACCGCUGUGCUUUUACUGCAGUGAAGAUCCAAACAGAACCCACUUUCGCUUCUGUAUGUAACCCAAGUACACCUGCAAGUCCACUGUAGCCUUCUGUUCUGUAUGCACCAGGCCCGCCUCUGUGCAUUCUGGGUCCUGGCCUAUUUGAAAAGCACUGUCUCAUUUCUCUAAUGUUGUGGAUUGCUUUCUGCUUUUGUAAAUGUGUAUAUAUUUUUUUCUGUACUGUUUGUACAGAAAUGUGCUUUGUUUUUUUAAAUAAAAAUCUGCAUUAAUCA